AGGCGGCUUGGUGCAAUACGGGUGGGAAAAGUCAGGCAGCAAGACGUGUAUUUCCUAAACAGCUAAACAUGGCAGGAGGCAAAAAGAGGACUGCUCGUCCGUCCACAUUUAACACCACAGUUAACUCCAUGUGGCAGGACAAACACCUGAUUCUGUUCAAACCAGAGUACACUCUGUUGGUCGCGGCGGUGCUGUGGUGUGUGGAAAUCGGCAUUAACGUGUGGGUCAUUCAGAAAGUAGCAUAUACAGAGAUUGAUUGGAAAGCCUACAUGGAUGAGGUCGAGGGCGUCAUAAAUGGCACCUACGACUAUACCCAGCUAAAGGGAGACACAGGGCCUCUAGUGUACCCAGCUGGAUUUGUGUACAUUUUCUCUGUGCUUUACUAUAUUACAGACCAGGGGCUGAAUAUUAGACUGGCACAGUAUUUGUUUGCUAGCUUCUAUCUCAUCACUCUCUUUUUGGUCUUCCGCAUCUACCACCGUACAAAGAAGGUACCACCAUAUGUUUUUUUCUUUGUGUGCUGCGCAUCAUAUCGAAUCCACUCCAUCUUCGUGUUGCGACUCUUUAAUGACCCUGUGGCCAUGAUGCUGCUGUUUGGAGCAGUCAACCUAAUUCUGGAUGCACACUGGACCCUGGGCUGUGCCCUCUAUAGUCUAGCUGUGUCAGUGAAGAUGAACGUGAUGCUCUUCGCUCCAGGACUCCUCUUUAUCCUCCUGUCAGAGUUUGGACUGAUAAAGACCCUUCCCAGGCUCACACUCUGUGCCAUCAUCCAGCUUGUGUUAGGUUUGCCCUUCCUCUUGGUGAAUCCUUUAGGCUACAUGACCAGGGCGUUUGAUCUGGGCCGUCAAUUUCUGUUUGAGUGGACAGUGAACUGGCGCUUCUUGCCAGAGGACAUUUUCCUCAGCAGGUACUUCCACCUGGUGCUGUUAUUCGCACACCUGGCAACACUUCUCUGUUUUGCUUUGAGGAGAUGGAAGAGGUCAGGGAGCAAUGUUUGGGCUCUUUUCAAAGAUCCUUCCGAGAGGAAGCCAAUGACACAGAAGCUCAGUGCUGAUCAGAUCGUUCUCAUAUUGUUCUCUUCCAACUUCAUUGGCAUGUGCUUCUGCCGCUCGCUGCACUACCAGUUCUAUGUUUGGUAUUUUCACACUCUGCCAUACCUACUGUGGAGCGGUGGGGUGAAGAAACUGGCUCACCUGCUCAGGGUGUUGAUACUGGGUCUGAUAGAGCUGUCAUGGAACACGUAUCCCUCCACUAUCUACAGCUCUUUGUCCCUGCACGUCUGCCAUCUCAUCAUCUUGCUAUGUUUGUGGUUCAAUCCAACCUCUUCUCCACCAGAUACAAGCUCAGAGUCCCAUAAGACCAAACACCAAUGAGUGCUGCUACACCGGCAUAUGUUUUCUUGUUCCAUGCACAACUCUCUCUGCUGGGUGCAGGAGGGAGAAAGCUAGCAUUGCUGCUUUUUCAGCCUGUUACCUCUAAAGGAUAAGAUGGAUUCAGAUGUUAAUGUGCAGGAAAAGCAGCAGAUUCUUAAAGAACAUUUUUUUGUGAUGUGGAUCAGCAUAUAAUGUGACUUUCUACAUGUAGCCCAUUACAUAUGACUUGAAAAGACAUAAAGGCUCACCUAUAGCAGUGGUUUUCAACAUUUUUUCAAGAUAUUUUGAAAAGUUUGAAUUUCACCCAAAUUGACCACAUCUGAUUCAGCUAAUCAGUAGUUUGGAUUUCAUCUUGUCUGUCAUACCAUUGUGAUAUUUUUGGACAUUAUCUUUGCAUUUCCUUAUGUUCACAUAUAGUGUUACAACAAAUAUGACAAAACCAUAGUGAAUUGAAAUAUGUAAUAUCAAACAUUUUUUGACACUUGAAAAAUUUAACAUUUAAAACUCUUGAAAAUGCAAACAUGCGUGUGAAAAACAUACAUACUAUUUUGAAAAGACAUUAGUUAGCUGGAUCAGGUUUGUUUGAUUUGCAGCAGAACUAUUGAACUGUGCAGGAAGGAUCUCAGGGAGUUUGGUGGGUUUGAUACAUAACAUGUUUAACUAUAUAUUUGGUGUUUCCUAUUGGUGAUGGAAUGUAUAAUGAGUGGGUAUAAAGGGGAGAAGACCUUUUGGACAUUGUGCUCAGCAAUAAUUUUUCCAUUGGCCAGCAUGCAGUUGAAACCUGGUCACAAAUGUUAAAAACAGAACAACAAUGCAGCAACCUUGUCUUUUUUUUUUUUUUUUUAAAUACACAAUCAGUGGGUAAUGUUCUGAAUGAAAUGAAACAGGCUCACCUUCUGUGAUAGGAACAUCAAUCUAAAGUUGCUGACUGUGGAAUAGUAAAUAUUUUUUGACUUUU